AUGACAGAUCCAACCGAUCAAUCAACAACAACAACAACCACAACAACUACUGGAUCAACAGCAUCUAUAGAUCCAACAACAACAACUACUACGAAUGACCUCAGCAUGAGUGAUCUUGAUAGUAACAACAACAACGAUCAAAUCCCGUCAUCUUCCACUUUAUUUCCAGACGUUACUCCUACAAGCACUCGCCCAGAUCCACUUCCUUCUGAUCUGUUCCAAUCAACUCUGGCCGCUUCCAAGUCAUUGAUCUCCUCUGCCAUCGCCUCGGGUCAAUCGGAGAAUAAACAGGGGAUCGGUUACAUAGCCAACGAUAAUUGUAAUAUUUUGGGUUACGACUCAAAUUCAUAUAGUACCGGCUGGGCUGAAAAUGGGGAAAAUGAGAAAGAAAUAAAGAAUAUUUUUUAA